GAAUUUUUUUUAAUGUAAGAAUAAACCCAAAAUAAAUAACUCGCUCGACGCCACAGAAUAGUGCAUUGGUUCAAUCCGUAGCGGCUCCUUCCACCCUAUCUGAGUGCACUCCAUAGGGUCUGAAAUAAUGGCUUCUACGCCCUACGUAGUUCACUCUGUAUCCACUAGGACGCGGUUUGCAAUGCGGCCUCUGCCUUGCCUCGCUAUGGGCGCGCACAGUAUGCUGGGAAUGCGCGUUCACGAGACGAACGGUCAUCUUUAAACCCCAGAAAGAAUCUUCUUCCGUUUAGCGCCACGACUCACAGCGAUAGAUACACAGUUCCCUAUAUUUAGGUUUAUAUUUUUAGAUAGUUUAGUCAACGAGAAGGUGAACGACAGGCGAUAUUGAUUAGACGACACAUUAUGGCUGUUGUAUAAGCAAAAUUGGUUGCUUGUUGGUCCUCUGACAGCAACAAAACACAGACGAGGAAAAAAAACCCCGAACGCACCAAGUAAAGGAAGGCGUUGUUAUUAGCCUGCUAGCUAAGUUAGCUAUCAUUAGCUCCCAAGCUAAAAGGUUUGUCUUAAUAACGCAUAUUUCUUUAUUUGUUGCUCUCUCGCUCGUUCAUCCACCUCGGACUCGACUAUACGUGACUAUACCGGGUCCCGUCUUGUGCUUUUUAUCCGGAGAUGAGCGCAAGAUGUCGGUUUCGGGACUGAAGGCCGAGCUGAAGUUUCUCGAGUCCAUUUUCGACACGAACCACGAACGCUUCAGGAUCAUCGACUGGAAACCCGAUGAGCUGAGCUGCCAGUUUAACGUGACCGGAGAGAAGCUGCUCAUUAUCCACUGCAAUAUCACGGAAUCCUAUCCUUCAACGCCUCCGUUAUGGUUCGUGGACUCCGAUGACCCAAGUCUGACCCAAAUAUUGGAGCGCCUGGAGGAUGUAAGAAAAGGCAAUACACUGCUCCUGCAGCAGCUGAAGAGGCUGAUUUGUGACCUGUGUAGGCUGUAUAAUCUACCUCAGCAUCCCGAUGUAGAGAUGCUGGAUCAGCCUCUCCCCGCUGGCCCUGUUGACCAGGAAAGAAAGCAUGGUACUACAGAUGAAGUAACUUCAGAGGAAGAAGAGGAGGAAGACAUGGGAGAGGACAUAGAGGAGCUCGAUCACUACGAGAUGAAAGAGGUGGAGCCGGUAGACGGGAAGAAGUCAGAGGACGACGGCAUCGAGAAGGAGAACCUGGCUAUCCUCGAGAAGAUCCGCAAGAACCAGAGGCAGGACCACUUGAACGUAAGUGCUCAUUCGGGAGCGGUGUCGGGCUCCGUCCAAGCCUCAGAUCGUCUAAUGAAGGAACUUCGUGAGAUUUACCGAUCUCAAAGUUACAAAUCAGGUAUCUACUCAGUGGAGCUUGUUAACGAUAGCCUAUACGAGUGGCACGUCAAGCUAAGAACAGUUGAUCCAGACAGCCCUCUGCACAGUGACCUUCAAGUGCUGAAAGAGAAGGAGGGCAUGGAUUACAUCCUUCUCAAUUUCUCAUACAAAGACAACUUUCCCUUUGAUCCACCGUUUGUACGAGUCGUUUCUCCUGUGCUGUCUGGAGGUUAUGUCCUUGGAGGAGGGGCCCUGUGCAUGGAACUACUCACCAAGCAGGGCUGGAGCAGUGCCUAUUCCAUCGAGUCUGUCAUCAUGCAGAUUAACGCCACUUUAGUCAAAGGCAAAGCCAGAGUGCAGUUUGGAGCCAAUAAGAACCAAUACAAUCUUGCCAGAGCACAGCAGUCAUAUAGAUCACUGGUGCAGAUCCAUGAAAAGAACGGCUGGUACACACCACCCAAAGAAGAUGGAUAAGAAUAACCUCUGGUCAUUCAAACAAGGACAGAAUGUAUUGGAGUCAACAGCUGUUCUUCUUUUACAUAUUUUUUUUUUUCCCCACCCCCUCCUUUUUUUUUUGUUGUAUUUUAUUAUUUUUUCCCCCUUUCCUCCGCCUCUCAUCGUCUUGCUAGUUGGAGAUGCACCAUGUCUGGAUUAAAGACUUCUGAACUGA